AGUUCGAGGAUCAGUAUCCUUUUGGCAUCUCGUGAGCGCGGUCGUCUGCCGCUCUCCCUCGCUUAAAAACCUGAAAAAUUCUAUACAAUAUAAAACAUAGAACGACCUUAAAACGCGUAUCGUUUGUUAAGUUUUUGUUGUUCGGACAUUACUAAAAAUUAAAGUACGUGCAAUAAUUGUUAUAACUAUUUUCGUACUUGAACCAAAGUUAUUGUGUUGUGAAAUAAAAAAUUAAAACUAAAACCAAACCCGAAGCUGACAUAUAUUUUGGAUUACUUCUUACUUGGAUAUACAAAUUAAAAUCGUUACAAAAUGGAUUACAAAAACGAUAUUAAUUCGGACGAUGAUUUCGACUGCUCCAAUGGCUAUAGCGAUGGCUAUGGCAACAAUGGACGCAUGUCCAAUCCUAAUGGAUUGUCAAAGGCGGAAUUGAGAAAGACAAACAAACCGAUUAUGGAGAAACGUCGUCGGGCUCGCAUUAAUCACUGCCUGAACGAACUGAAGUCCCUUAUCCUGGAGGCCAUGAAAAAAGACCCGGCUCGUCAUACCAAACUGGAGAAGGCCGACAUACUUGAGAUGACGGUGAAGCAUCUGCAGUCGGUGCAGCGCCAGCAGCUGAACAUGGCCAUCCAAUCGGAUCCAGGAGUGGUGCAGAAAUUCAAGACCGGCUUCGUCGAGUGCGCCGAGGAGGUUAAUCGUUAUGUUAGCCAAAUGGACGGCAUCGAUACGGGUGUCCGUCAGCGUCUUAGCGCCCAUUUGAACAAUUGCGCCAACAGUCUGGAGCAGAUCGGUUCGAUGAGCAACUUCAGCAAUGGUUAUCGUGGAGGAUUAUUUCCCUCAACAGCUGCCACCGCUGCUCCCACUCCAUUGGUCCCGACGUUGCCGCAGGAUUUGAACAACAACAGCCGCACGGAGACCUCAGCUCCAGCUAUUCAAAUGGGUGGACUUCAGCUCAUCCCUUCGCGACUGCCCUCUGGGGAGUUUGCCCUUAUUAUGCCAAAUACCGGAUCCACAGCUCCGCCACCGGGUCCCUUUGCCUGGCCAGGAUCUGCAGCAGGAAUGGGAGCCGGAACGGCCAGCGCCGCCUUGGCCAGCAUUGCCAAUCCCACGCACCUGAGUGACUACACACAGAGCUUCCGGAUGAGCGCCUUCAGCAAGCCAACUAGUAAUCCCGCUCCGGCUGGUCUUCAGGGAAAUCUCAUCCAUCCACUGCCCGUGCAGACCCAGCUUCCCGUGAAGAACAACUCGAGCAGUCCACCACUGAGUCCCAUUUCCUCCAUCUCCAGCCAUGGCGAGGAGUCGCGGGCUGCCUCGCCCUCCGUGGAUGUGAUGAGCAAGCACAGUUUCGCCGGAGUUUUCUCCACUCCGCCGCCCACCAGUGCUGAGACCUCAUUCAACACCAGCGGAUCCCUCAAUCUGAGUGCCGGAAGCCACGACAGCAGCGGCUGCUCGCGAUCGCUGACCCACUUGCAGCAACAGCAAGUGAGCUCCACCAGCGGAAUUGCGAAGCGGGACAGAGAUACGGAGGCCGACUCCAGUGACUGCUCCCUGGACGAGCCCUCGUCCAAGAAAUUCUUAGCAGGCGCCAUCGAGAAGUCCAGCUCCGCCUGGAGGCCCUGGUAGAUCAGCUAAAGAACCCAUUUCUAUGUUACGUUUAUCGAUUGUUAAUUUAUUUGAUUGCAAUUUUUUUCAAAGAUCACCAACUCGAAUGCUUUAGAACCCCCCCAUUAAGUUUCAACGAUUUCUAUAUGUUUUUUAUAUAUCCACGUUUCGCUUUCUUCAUUUUUAAGUUCAGCUGUGAUUUUGUAUAUUUUUUGUGUAAUUCUCAUUUAAGCAUUUUUAUACGCCUAUUAUGUAGUUCAUUAACUAAAUAUGUUCUUUGAUGUUUCUUCUUCUCAAUUAUUUAAGCAAUUAAAAGUGUUUCUAUUUAAGUUAUGUAGAUUUCAUUGUAUAGUGUUUAUCAUUAAGUCUUUCACGUUUCUAUGUUUAAUUAUAACGAUUGUAAUUUUAGUUUUUAGUUAAUGCAAGAUUUAAUGACUGGAAAAUGAGUGAAAAUAAUGAUAAUA